GUGCGCGGUACGACGUCAAGGCCGCCCGCGAAGCUCCGGUGGCCUGAGGACGGCGGCCGGGCGGCGGUGGAGUGUUCCCAGGGCGUCCGAGUUGUUGACAACUUCCGCGGCGGCCAUGGACAACUCCGGCAAGGAAGCGGAGGCGGUGGCGCUGCUGGCCGAGGCGGAGCGCAAAGUGAAGAACUCCCAGUCCUUCUUCUCCGGCCUCUUUGGAGGCUCAUCCAAAAUAGAGGAAGCAUGUGAGAUCUACGCCAGAGCAGCGAACAUGUUCAAGAUGGCCAAGAACUGGAGUGCUGCCGGGAGCGCGUUCUGCCAGGCUGCCCAGCUGCACCUCCAGCUCCAGAGCAAGCAUGACGCAGCCACCUGCUUUGUGGACGCUGGCAAUGCCUUCAAGAAAGCCGACCCCCAAGAGGCCAUUAACUGUCUGAUGAGAGCAAUUGAGAUCUACACAGACAUGGGCCGAUUCACGAUUGCAGCCAAGCAUCACAUCUCCAUUGCUGAGAUCUAUGAGACAGAACUGGUAGAUGUGGAGAAGGCCAUCGCCCACUAUGAGCAGUCUGCAGACUACUACAAAAGCGAGGAGUCCAACAGCUCAGCCAACAAGUGUCUGCUGAAGGUGGCUGGCUAUGCUGCGCAGCUGGAGCAGUACCAGAAGGCCAUCGACAUCUACGAGCAGGUAGGGACCAGUGCCAUGGACAGCCCCCUCCUCAAGUACAGCGCCAAGGACUACUUCUUCAAGGCCGCCCUCUGUCACUUCUGCAUCGACAUGCUCAAUGCCAAGCUCGCUGUCCAGAAGUAUGAGGAGCUGUUCCCGGCCUUCUCGGAUUCGCGGGAAUGUAAACUGAUGAAGAAGCUGUUAGAAGCCCAUGAGGAGCAGAACGUGGACAGCUACACAGAGUCGGUAAAGGAGUAUGAUUCCAUCUCGCGACUGGACCAGUGGCUCACCACCAUGCUGCUGCGCAUCAAGAAGACCAUCCAGGGUGAUGAGGAGGACCUGCGCUAAGCUGUCCCAUCUGCUCAGCUCAGACAGGUGCGGGAGACCUUCCCACCCUUUCCCCAGAGUCGCAGGCCACCUGGUGCAGUUCAUGGGAGCCUGCACACCUCCAGGGGUGCCAGGCAAGACCUACUGACUGCACACUCAAGCUCUGCCCACUGCCUCCCUUCAUCCUGCCAUUUAUUUAAGCCCCCGAAGGUGUCCUGUGCCCUGGAAGCCAGCUGGACAGAAUCUGGGAUGCAGUUUUCUGUGGGUGCUGUGGGAACCAGGGGUCAGUGCCUGGGCCCCAGCUCCCGACAGCUCUAUGGUGAGGCUGUUUCUGUCUCUCCCACUCAGUCCCCCAGCAGAACUCUGAGCACAUGCAGCCGCAGAGACUUGCUCUUGCUGCAGGGAUGCCCCUCCCAGCUGGGAUCGCCCCCAGCCUCCUGCAGCCCCAACCUCUCAGGUUAGACUUGGCCUUGGAGUCCCCAGGGUGUCCCUAGGCUCCACCCUGUACUUGCUCCUUCCCCAAUGCUUCCAGAUCUCUGUCAGCGGCCAGAGCUGCAGCUGGCCCAAGAAGGAAAAUAAAACCCGCCACUUUUGCAUGA